GUGAUCAUGUGCUCACAAUGCUCCUAGGAGGCUCCUAAGUCCAAUGAAAUGGCUAUAUGAAGAUGAAACAAAAACAUGACAAUGGUCCAUAAAGUUCCUAAUCAUCAUAUAUGUCUCCCAAGUAUCUCAAUUUUCCAAUUUGAUCAAUAUAACCCAAGGGCUUGAAGAUUGUUUCCUAAGGAAACCCUAAUUUCAUUAUGCUUUGACUGUGCAUUGCCCAUGAAGCAACCUCAACCUCUGAUCAAAUUUAAUCAAGACAUGGAUAAGCAAAGAAGGAAUACGAAGAAGUACAAUUUCAGACAACCCGACUUGAAAGAGUUAAGGAGUUUGGCAUCUUAUUUAUUAGAACCCUUGGAAUUCACAACGCGACAUGGGAAGCUUCUGGCUAUUCUUUCUACCAAGGUGGAUGAGGGUCUGAUGAGUGUGUUGGUGCAGUUCUACGAUCCUCUGUAUCGGUGCUUCACUUUUUCCGGAUUUCCAGCUUUUGCCUACAUUGGAGGAGUAUGCUUAUCAUGUGGGUACACCUAUUCUUGACCGGUUGUAGUUCAGUGGUUUAGAGAAGAUUCUGGCCUCUCAAGAGAUUGCUGAUAUGCUUCACGUGGAGGUAUCUGACAUUGUUGCCAAUAUGACUGCCAAGGGUGGAAUUCAAGGUCUCCCAUCUGAUUUUCUAAUUGCCAAAGCUACUUUGUUUGGGAAGGCCAUGAGUAAGGAAGCUUUUGAAGCUAUAUUUGUACUCCUCAUCUAUGGGCUAGUGUUAUUUCCUAACAUCGACAACUUCGUGGAUGUGAAUGCUAUUAGGAUUUUCUCUUCUCUUAAUCCCGUUCCAACUCUGUUGGGUGACACUUAUUUCUCUUUGCAUAUGAGGAAUGAAAAGGGUGGUGGUUCCAUUGUGCGCUGUCGGCCUCUGUUGUACAAGUGGUUUAUUUCACACUUGCCUCAAACGCUUGCCUUCAAGGAGAACAAGGGAUGUCUACGGUGGUCCGCGAGACUUAUGUCUCUCACUAAUGAUGAUAUCUCUUGGUAUAAUCGUGUUUAUGAUGGCGUUCAGAUUAUUGACUCUUGUGGUGAGUUCUCCAGUGUACCUCUUCUUGGUACAGGUGGUGGAAUUAACUACAACCCCGCUUUGGCUCGCCGUCAGCUUGGGUUCCCCUUAAAGGAUAAACCUAACAACAUUUCGUUGGAAGGAUUAUUCUUUAAAGAGGGUAAAGAUCCCCAAAACUUGAAGGAUAUGAUGUCCGCGCCUGGCGCAAGGUUCAUAAGAAAGGGAGGAAUGAGCUUGGUCCAAAGAAUUGUGUUGCUUUGGAGCCUUACACCUCUUGGGUAAGGAAGAGAGCUCUUGAGUACCGCAUGUCGUACGAGUAUCCGAGACCUACCCCUAUGGUUAUGGUUGGGCCUUCAACCCUCCCUAAUCAAGGAGUAGAGGAGUUGAGAGACGAGGACUGUUCACGUGCUUGGGUUCGUGAGCGUGAUGAGUUUCUUCGGCAGCUCAAGGAUAAGGAUGCAAUGAUAGAGUUUCUAGAGCAUCAAGUCAUUGAUGAGCCCGAUGAUGUGGUUACUUAUCUCCUUCCUACUCGUCUAGGUUUUGGAAGAAGAGAUAUGAUCAACUCGCCAAGGAGAAGGCCGACAUGGAAGCAACUUACGAGAGAGAGGUGAAGAGGCUUCGUGCGACGUAUCUCCCGAUCUCGAAGGCUUUGGACGAUUACUUCUAGGGCUCCAUAGGAUGUUUAUUCUCAUUUUCUCUUGUAUUGUAUUUGGUUACCGAGACUGUACUACUUCUUUGGUGUAAAAAGUUUCCAAAUAUUAUAUUGCUAUGAGUAUUCCACAUAUGUCUUAAAAAGUUCAAUAUUUUCAGAACAUUUGCAAAUAGAUCUUUAUAAAGUUCCUCUGAUAAAAAAACAAAUCAUAUGCACGAGCAUUGCAUGCAUCAUAUGCAUAAGCAGGUUUUGGUUCCGAGCUCUUGAUACAAUGGUCUAACUCUUUGCUCUUCAUUUAUUUGAAGACAAGCUGACGCACCGGUACAACACCCGAGCAAAUCAUCAGAAGAUCAUGGAACACCUCGAGCAAGAGAACAGAGAUCUGAAAGAGGAGAUUGCCAGGCUGACUGCCAUGAUGGAGUCAGUUCUUGCUGCACAGAGUCAAGCUUCUCCAACUCCUGCAACUCCUCCCGGGAGAACAGUCAUUUUCGAAGUGGUUACCUCAACAGUGCCUGCUGCCACCGCCCACUUCGCUCCUAAUAUACCUGCUGGAUUCCCUUGGGGAAUGCCACCUAACUUUGUACCAGAGGGUUUCUCUCCCACUCUUGCUUCUAUGCCGACAUCUAGCCCGAUCAUGUCUGUACCACCUCCCGUUGUACACACUUUGCCGCGUGUUGAAGACACCAUCUAUCAUUCCGAGCCAUCUGAGGGCCCGGACGUUUAUGAGAAGAUGGACGAGAUGAAGGAUCAAUUCCUUGAGUUGUGCAAGGAACUAAAAACGCUGAGAGGCAAAGAUCUGAUUGGGAAGAGUGCUGUUGAACUGUGCUUAGUGCCCAACGUAAAGAUCCUAGUUAAAUUCAAAGUGCCUGACUUUGAGAAGUACAAGGAAAACAUGUGUCCGCUCAGUUAUCUUGUGAUGUAUGCCCGCAAGAUGUCGACCUAGACAGAUAAUGAUCAAUUGCUGAUUCACUAUUUUCAGGAUAGCCUGAUAGAUGUUGCGCUUCGUUGGUAUAUGGGGCUAGAGAGUGCAAGCAUCCGCACUUUCAACGAUCUAGGAGAGAAUUUCGUGAAACAGUAUAAAUACAACGUGGAUAUGGCUCCAGACAGAGAUCAGCUGAGGGCAAUGUCCCAGAAGGACAAAGAGACCUUCAAGGAACAUGCCCAGAGGUGGCGGGAAUUGGCAGCUCAGAUAGUGCCACCCUUGGAGGAGAAGGAGGUGACAAAGAUCUUCCUCAAGACUUUGAGCUCUUUCUAUUAUGAGCGCAUGAUUGCUAGUGCUCCCUCGGACUUUACCGAAAUUGUAAAUAUGGGGAUGAGGCUAGAAGAGGGAGUCCGAGAAGGACGUGUGUCCCAUGAGGAUAAUUCGGUAAAGAAAUAUGGAGGAUUUGCCAGGAAGAAAGAAGGGGAGACUCAUGCUGUUUCUUCCCAUAUUAAGAGAAGACCCUCUGUGAGGAGGAAAGAAGUCCGACCAACUGUUAGCCAACACCAGGUGGCUCAUAUAGCAUCUGCUUUCAGAGAAGCUCAACAACCACAACAACAACGUCAACAACAACAGGCUUACCAGCCUCGCAACAAUAACAACACCAACACCAGCAACUAUGAGAGGAAGAGGGUGACUUUUGACCCGAUUCUUAUGACCUAUGCUGAAUUAUAUCCUUCCUUAAUUGAUAGGAAGUUGAUAACUCCACGAGAUCCUCCUGUUGUGCCAGCCAAUGCCCAAUGGUGGUACAAUCCUGAACUUCACUGUAUGUAUCAUUUCGGUGCGCCCGGACAUGACGUGGAGAAUUGUUUUCCUUUGAAGACCAAGGUGCAAGACCUUGUGAGGAGCGGGAUACUAUUCUUUGAGGAUGUAGGCCUGAAUGUCAAGAAGAACCCAUUGCUCGAGCAUGGGAAGGCGGUUGUCAAUAUGGUUCAAGGUUGCCCUGGCAAAUACAAAGUCCUUUAUUUGAAUUACAUAAGGCAAUACUUAGUAGAGAUGCAUAAGUUGUUGUGUGAGCACAGUCAUUAUGAGCAUGAUCAUGAUAGAUGCCAUGAAUGCACUGUCAAUGAAAGAGGAUGCCGCAAGAUAAGAAAGGACAUCCAAGAGAUGAUAGACCAGGGGAUGAUUGAGAUACUUCAGAAUCAUAAUAAGGAUGAAGUUGAUGUUAUCACCCUAGUGUUCAAAAUUCCUGAUCCUGUUCUCAUUAAGUAUGAUGGCAGCAAGAAGAAGGUGGUGCCAACUCUUGUGAUUAAGCUAGCGGGCCCUGUCCUGUAUGUGUCAAAUAAAGCGGUCUCGUACCGUUAUAAUGCUGUUAUGCUGGAAGAUGGGAAGGAGGUGUCAUUGCCCUCAACCUCUAAUGUAAGCAUUUCUGACGUUAGUGGAGUGACCUGUAGUGGUCGUGUUUUCUCGGCUCAGCCGAAAUCCCAUGAAGACGUCAUGAAGAAGGAUGUUGUCAAUCCUGCCGGUCCCGUGGGGACUUCUUCGAAUCAUUAUGUUCCUGUUGUGAAGGGUGUUGACCCUGUUGUUGUCAAAUCUGUUAAGGCUCCUAUCCUGGUUGGCCAGUCUGGCAUGUUGAGAGAGGAUGGUGAUGAGAUGUUGAGGCUCAUCAAGAGGAGUUAGUACAAUGUUGUGGAGCAUUUUCUUCAAACUCCAUCAAAGAUAUAUGUCCUAUCUUUGCUGAUGAAUUCAGAGCCGCACUUUGAAUCGUUGCAAAGGGUGUUGGACGUGGCAUACGUGGAUCACAAUGUCACGAUUGAGCAGUUUGAUAGUAUUGUUGCAAAUAUAACUGCCUGCAACAAUUUGAGCUUCUAUGAUGAUGAUCUUCCCGAGGAGGGAAAAGACCACAACUUGGCUUUACAUAUCUCUGGGAAUUGUAAAGACGAUGCCUUGUCCAAUGUGUUGGUGGACACAGGGUCAUCACUUAAUGUAUUGCCAAAGUCCACUCUCGCCAAGCUUUCAUAUUAGGGGCCUCCCAUGAGGCAGAGUGGAGUGGUAGUAAAAGCUUUUGAUGGAUCGCGUAAAACUGUGAUUGGUGAAUUAGACCUCCCAAUCAAGAUUGGACCUAGUGAUUUCCAUAUCACUUUCCAAGUUAUGGAUAUACAUCCGUCAUACAACUGUUUGCUUGGUAGACCACGGAUUCACGAGGCAGGUGCCGUGACAUCCACCCUACACCAAAAGUUGAAGUUCGUCAAGAACAAAAAGUUAGUGGUGAUAGGGGGAGAGAAGGCUCUCCUUGUCAGCCAUUUAUCUUCCUUUUCCUACAUUUAUGCUGAGGAUGAGGUUGGAACCCCGUUCUAAGCCUUAUCUAUUGCUGAGCCUUCUAGGAAAGGACUUUCUUCAUUUGUCUCCUAUAAUAACGCGAAGUUGGCCAUCGAGCAUGGUGCAACUACUGGUUUGAGGAAAAUGAUAAAGAUGGAAGAUAAUAAGUCUCAGGCUGGUAUAGGGUAUACUUCCGGUGUUUCCAAUGAUCUAGGGUUGUUUCAGAGUGGAGGUUUCAUCCACACCGUUGAAGAUCAAGAAGUUGAUGCCAUCAUUGAAGAAGAUGAAGAGGAAGACCUUGGCAACUUUGUCAUACCUAGAGGGAUCUGCAAUAAUUGGGUCGCUGUUGAUGUUCCAACAGUUAUCCAUAAGUCAACGUAAUGUGUUCAUUUUGUUUAAAAAACCCUU